AUUAAACACAGAGUGGGGAAGUCAUUAUCCGUAAAGAGCGUCCACUCGUUUCCAGCAUAUCAAUAUCAAUCCUAUAUUAGUAGUAUUAGCAGAGCACCUAAGAAUCUUAUCACCAUCGAUCGGCAUGUCGGAGAAGUGCAGCCACCACAAGAGCAAGCGGCAGAAGCGCGUGCGCAAGCUGUGCGCGUGCUUCCUCGUGUUCAACUUCAUCCUCCUCCUCAUCAUCCUCAUCAUCUGGGCCAUCCUCCAGCCCAAAAAGCCCCGCUUCCUCCUCCAAGACGCCACCAUCUUCGCCCUCAACGUCUCCGCCGCCAACGUCAUCUCCACCACCCUCCAGAUCACCGUCCUCUCCCGCAACCCCAACUCCAACAUCGGCGUCUACUACGACAAGCUCGACGCCUUCGCCACCUACCACAGCCAGCAGAUCACCUACUACACCGCCAUCCCUCCCGUCUACCAGGGCCACAAGGACCUCAACAUCUGGUCUCCCUUCGUCUACGGCAACGACGUCCCUGUCGCCCCUUUCAACGGCCUCGCCCUCGCCCAGGACCAGUCUAACGGCGCCAUCAAACUCACCGUUAAACUUGACGCCCGCGUUAAAUGGAAGGUCGGAUCCUUCGUCUCUGGCCGCUAUCACCUCCACGUCUCCUGCCCCGCUUAUAUCCCGCUUGGAAAUAGCAAAGCCAACGGCAUCAUCGUCGGCGCCGGCGUUAAGUAUCAGCUCUCCCAGAGCUGUAGUGUAAGUGUCUGACUCUCACAAUCAUCACUUUUAUUUUAUUUUACUUAUGUUUUAUAAUUGAACACACAUAUUGAUGAAUGAUGAACCACAGGCCGUAUUUAAUUAAAUGUUACGCCGAUUUUUAUCUUCACUUUUACUUGUAUUUCUCCGCUUCUUGCUUUUGUUUACAGAGGAGCACAUGAUUGUACAUUUUGCUUGUGAAUAAAUUCUGUAUAUCUAUGUAAUGACAAUUCUGUUUUGUUAA